AUGAAAGCGUACGCGAAGUAUGGCUGGGAGAUCAUCAUCCUCGGGUCCAACGGCCCAAUUGCAACCAUAAGUAAUGGCACCCCGUCUUCGACACCCACACCAACAACCAUUCCAACAUCCUCUGUCACCUCCGAAGUAGCCGCCACUUCAGCUGCCCCCUUCUCUAAUUCCAGUGCUUCUUCGUCAGGCACAAGCAGUGGAAUGGUGGGCGAGGUGGUUGCCACGCCAGAGGAGAACGAAUCCGAGUAUCUUGAGCCUGUUACCGUUGGCGGCCAGGUGCUCAAUAUGGACUUCGAUACGGGUUCCGCGGACUUCUGGGUCUUCAGCAGCAGUCUGCCUGCAUCCCAAAGCCGCGGCCACAGCACCUUCGACCCCUCAAAGAGCUCCACCUGGCAGCCCUAUUCCGGUGGCUCGUGGGACAUCACUUACGGCGACGGCACCACCGCUUCCGGAACAGUCGGCUACGACGUAGUGAACAUCGGCGGCGCCACAGCUACUCGGCAGGCAGUUGAAGUUGCCACAUACGUCUCCAGCUCCUUCACACAAGAUACUGCGAAUGAUGGUCUGGUCGGUCUUGCCUUCAGUAAGAUCAACACUGUUCGCCCCCAGGCCCAGCAGACAUUCUUCGACAACGUCAAGGGCCAGCUGAAGCUGCCAAUCUUCACUGCCAACCUGGAGGAUGGUGCUCUUGGCACUUACACUUUCGGCGAAAUCGAUCCGACCGAGUACUCAGGAGAGAUCUACUACAUGGCCGUGGACAGCAGCAAUGGCUUCUGGGAGUUCGACUCGAAGACGUACACCAUCGGAGGCUCGCAGAGGGCGUGCACCACCUGCAGCCCGGCUAUUGCCGAUACGGGUACCUCCCUCAUCCUCGUCGACGACGACGUAGCCACCGCCUACUGGUCACAAGUAGCCGGCGCCACCCUCUCCAGUCGCAUGGGCGGAUGGGUCUACCCUUGCAGCGCCACCUUACCCACAUUCGGCAUCGCAGUCGGCGGUUACAUGGCGAUGCUUAACGGCACCGAUCUCGAGUAUAGCGCGGUGGGCGGCGGUAAGUGUUUCGGCGGUGUGCAGAGCAAUCAAGGUGGCGGUUUGCAGAUUCUGGGUGAUGUACUGCUGAAGAAUUACUUUGCAGUGUUCGAUGCUGGUAAUGAGCGGUUUGGCAUUGCGGAGAAGGCUUGA